AUGACGCGACACAUUGGUCAGUUAACUGACGACCGUGGCCUAGAAAACUUCUCGAAGGACGAUGACAAUGAGGAGUCUUCAGCACAUGAAGAUGGCUCUCCGAUGCAGGGACCAACGGCACAAAAUGAAUCCGAUUUACCAGCGGAGCAGCUAACGAUAGUUGAAAAACGAAAAUCCGUUGAUUCAGAACUAAAAUUGGCUCAAGAAGAGAAGAAUGAUCAUAUUGCGAAAGAAGAGAUAAAGAAAUCUAUUCAGUCUAUCAAAUCAGAUAUUCAAGCAAUGGUAGAAGAGUCACCCGCAGUAGAAGAUUUAGCAUAUCAAUUAGAGGCUAAUGCUGACGAAAUUGGAGAGUUUAUGCAAGAAGAAAUUCCAGAGGAUUAA